UCUGUUGAUUAUUUUUAAACAAUUUUUUGAAUUUUCUUUUCUAAUUAAUAGCCCUUGUCAACAAUUAAAUAUGACAGCAAUACCUUCAACAAUUUAUAGGGCUCUAUGUCGUCUUGGGGACAAACUAGUUUAUCCAAUUUUGCCCAGCUUUGCCAAGCCAGCGUGGAAUCACCCUGCCGGCCCCAAAACAGUUUUCUUUUGGUCUCCAACAAUUAAAUGGGUACUUGUAGGUGCUGGAAUAUCUGAUUUGACUAGACCUGCCUCGAAAUUGAGUAUUAAUCAGAAUGCCUCAUUAGCCGCAACAGGCGCUGUUUGGACACGUUAUUGUUUUGUAAUUGUUCCAAAAAAUUAUUAUUUGGCUAGUGUUAACUUUUUUGUUUUUUGCACGGGAAUGGUUCAAAUACUUCGUAUUGGACAUUAUCGGUAUAUAAUACAGCCAAAAUUAGAAGAAAAUGAGGAGUUGAAGAAAGUUUCAAAUUAA